AUGAAGAUUGUUAAACAAUGGAUAUCUUUUGUGUUUGCUUUAAAAGCGAGAAAAAGAAGAAACUUGCGCAAUCUUAAAGAGAAUCAUUGGCAAAUUGUUAUUGAAUUGUUGGAAAGAUUUAAGUGCGUUUAUAAAUAUGGUCACGGGUCAAACGAUGGAGAAUUAAAUUUAAAAGUGGAAGAAGUGCAUGAAAAAUUGAAUGCCAUCACCAAAUAUCUUAAACGUGUUCAACAACGCUGCAAACAAAAUUUUUAA